AUGGUUGACCGUCCACCCCCUCACGCUCGCCCGGGCACUAACAGAACCGCGCGCACGAAUACAGCGGGCAUACGGCGCAACCUAUUCCAAAGCCAACUCACUCGCCGCCCAACACCCACGACUUCCUCCCAGUCUUCUAAUAACUCCGCUGAGACAUUACGUCUUGCGGACGUCGAGGUGCUAUCCGAUACCUCUGACAUCGUUGUCCGCGACAAGAACGGCGAAUUCGACGUUGGUGAUCCGCCUACACCCCCUCUAGACGACUCGGAGGAAGGCGGCGCAUUGGAUGAUGCGCAGGAGAGCGAGCGCGAGAGGCAAAGAUUGGCAGAAGCAGUCAAGCACUACCAAAUAAACCACAACCGCGCUCCAGCGCAACCCGAAGAGGUCCUAGAGACACUCCGAGCCAGCAUGAGAGCCAAAGUAGCAGCCCUAGCCGAAGACAACUGGAUGUACGAGCCAGAAGAGCAGCAUCGGCCGCAAUGA